UUUCCUCGCGUUUACACUCAUAAACCCUACAGAGAGAGCGCUCCUAAACCUUUAGGCGGGAGGUUGCAGACGACGACGAAGAAGAAGAACACAGAAAAGAGAAUCAUUAUUAAUUAAUUGUGAAAAAAAAAAUGAGGAAGAAGGUGGAUGAGCGUAUAAGAACGUUAAUCGAGAAUGGCGUCAAGCAACGGCAACGUUCCAUGUUCGUCAUCAUCGGCGACAAGUCACGUGACCAGAUUGUUAAUCUUCAUUACAUGCUCAGCAAGGCCGUUGUCAAAACUAGACCGACUGUUUUGUGGUGCUACAAGGAUAAGCUUGAACUCAGCAGUCAUAAGAAAAAGCGUGCAAAGCAGAUCAAGAAGUUAAUGCUGAGAGGGCUGCUAGAUCCUGAGAAAGUUGAUCCUUUUCAACUUUUUCUUGAAACUGGAGGGUUAACAUAUUGCUUGUACAAGGAUAGUGAAAGGGUUCUUGGAAAUACAUUUGGGAUGUGCAUAUUGCAGGAUUUUGAGGCUUUGACUCCAAAUCUCCUGGCUAGAACGAUAGAAACAGUGGAGGGUGGUGGAUUAAUUGUACUGUUGCUUCGUUCUCUGUCCUCACUGACCAGUUUGUGCACCAUGGUCAUGGAUGUUCAUGAGAGGUUCCGUACAGAAUCCCAUUCUGAAGCUGCUGGGCGCUUCAAUGAACGUUUUCUGCUGUCCCUUGCAUCAUGCAAAGCAUGUGUGGUUAUGGAUGAUGAGUUGAAUGUUUUACCUAUUUCAUCUCAUAUUAGGUCGAUUACUGCUGUUCCUGUUAAAGAGGACUCUGAAGGGCUUUCAGAAGCGGAGCGGGAUCUGAAGAAUUUGAAAGAACAACUAAAUGAUGAUUUUCCUGCUGGUCCUUUGAUUAAGAAAUGUUGUACAUUGGAUCAGGGAAAAGCUGUCAUUACAUUUCUUGAUGCAAUUUUAGAUAAAACCCUACGUAGCACAGUGGCCUUGCUUGCUGCUCGUGGCCGUGGGAAAUCUGCUGCACUUGGUUUAGCAGUUGCUGGAGCUAUUGCUGCUGGGUACUCAAAUAUAUUUGUGACUGCACCAAGUCCCGAGAAUCUGAAAACAUUAUUUGAAUUUGUUUGCAAGGGUUUCAAUGCAAUUGAAUAUAAGGAACACAUUGAUUAUGACAUGGUGAGAAGUUCGAACCCUGAGUAUAAGAAAGCAAUUGUGCGGAUUAAUAUUUACAAGCAGCACAGACAAACAAUUCAGUAUAUACAGCCACAUGACUAUGAAAAGCUUUCGCAAGUUGAACUGCUGGUGGUUGAUGAAGCUGCAGCCAUUCCCUUGCCAGUUGUGAAAUCUUUGCUUGGUCCUUAUCUUGUCUUCCUUUCAUCUACUGUUAAUGGCUAUGAAGGAACUGGUCGAUCCUUGUCCCUGAAACUUCUGAACCAACUGGAGGAGCAAAACCAUAUGUCUGCUAAGGGUGUGGAGGGCUCUACUAGUGGUCGUCUUUUCAAAAAGAUAGAACUUACUGAAUCUAUUAGAUAUGCUUCUGGAGAUCCGAUAGAGUCCUGGCUUAAUGGUUUGCUAUGCUUGGAUGUUGCAAAUUUCAUUCCGAAUGUCAGCAGAUUACCUCCGCCCAGUGAAUGUGAUCUCUACUAUGUUAAUCGGGAUACACUUUUUUCCUUCCACAAGGACAGUGAGUUAUUUUUGCAGCGAAUGAUGGCACUAUAUGUUUCUUCUCACUAUAAAAAUUCUCCCAAUGAUCUACAACUAAUGGCUGAUGCUCCAGCACACCAUUUAUUUGUGUUGCUUGGCCCUGUCGAUGAGUCAAAAAAUCAACUUCCUGAUAUCCUGUGUGUCAUCCAGGUCUGCCUUGAAGGGCAGAUUUCUCGUACAUCUGCUAUUAAAAGUUUAAGUGCUGGCCAUCAACCCUCUGGAGAUCAAAUCCCAUGGAAAUUCGCUGAAGAAUACAGGAAUACUGAUUUCCCUAGUCUUUCAGGUGCUCGCAUUGUACGCAUNAUAUUUUCAAAUUCAUAUCUUUUGCAGCUUGGAUAUGGUUCUGCUGCUGUGGAACUUUUAGCUAGGUAUUAUGAAGGACAGUUCGCUUCUAUUUCUGAGAUAGAUGUUGAAGAUGAAGUGGAGACUCCCGAAGUUAGAGUUACAGAAGCUGCAGAAAAGGUUUCAUUGCUUGAAGAAAAUAUAAAACCUAGAACAAAUCUUCCCCCUUUGCUUGUACAUCUCCGUGAACGGCGGGCUGAGAAGCUCAAUUACCUUGGUGUAUCCUUUGGGCUUACCUUGGAACUUUUCCGUUUUUGGAGGAGACAUAAAUUCGGGCCCUUCUUUAUUGCCCCUAAUGCUAAUGCUGUGACUGGCGAACAUACAUGUAUGGUCCUGAAACCAUUAUCCAGUGAGGAUAUUGAAGUUGAUGAAUCAGAUGAAUGGGGCUUCUUUGGUCCAUUUUACCGAGAAUUCAGGAGAAGAUUUGCCAGACGAAUUUUUUCAGAUGUUAAGUUAAGCAAUAUGGACUAUAAGCUUGUUAUGAGCAUUUUGGACCCUAAGAUCAACUUUACUGAGCAAGAAUCUACAGAGUCCACCCCAGAGAAAACUUUGAAGUCGACUGAUAUUUUAUCACAAGACAACAUGGAGCGGGUGAGAGCUUAUAUAGAUGGUUUUAUUGACUAUACUCGGAUUAUAGACAUUCAUCCCUAUUUGGCAGACCUAUAUUUCCAAGAGAAGCUUCCAGUUUCAUUUUCUUAUGCUCAGGCCUCUGUACUGCUUUGCAUUGGUUUGCUGCGGCAAGAUAUCUCUUACAUUGAGGGACAAAUGAAGUUGGAGAGGCAACAGGUACUUACAAUGUUUAAAAAGGUUAUGAAGAAGUUACACAAAUAUAUCACGAGUAUUUUAACGGAGGAUGCUGAAUCUGCUCUACCUCGACUAAGAGAUAUCGAGUUGAAACCUCAUAAUAUUUCCCUCGAUGAAGAUCUCAAAGAAGCAGCAAAGCAAGUUGAGGAGGAGAUGAAAUCCAAGGUGGAGGGUAUGUUGGAUCCCGACUUGCUUCAAAACUAUGCCAUUGUCGACAAAGAUGGUGACUUUGACAAGGCUCUGCAAAAUGGAGCCGGAAAGGCAAUCUCCAGUGGUGUCAUUAGCGUCAAAUCCAGCAAAACGAAAGUUGAGAAGCCUUCAAAGCAAAAAGAGAGUCAGAAAAGCGGGAAAAAGAGAGGUAAAGACGAACACGGCUCAAAAUCGAGUAAGAAGCAUAAGUCUUAAUUAUUUUGACAUGCAAGAGAUGCAAUUUUAUUGUAGAAUAGGAUCAAGAGUGAGUGAAACUCUAAUUUUAGAUGGGAAUUAAUUGCUUAUUGUUAUUUUUAUUCUGUUGUAUUUCAACUUAGCAUAGUGAUAUAUGCAAUUUUGAGAGAAGAAUACUAGAAUAGGUCACUUGUUUUUGGAUUUUUAAAGUAAUUUAUGUACAUAAAAACGCUGGCAGCUGCAUUUGAAUUAAAGAAAAAAAAAAU